CUUGGUAAUUUGACGUUCCACUUGUUGCUGGAGAUGGCACCGUUUCUGAGUGUUUGAAGCUCAUUGUUGAACUCGGGCCUGUUGAUGAAUCUGUCUGUCUUGAAUCGCCUAAAAUACUUUUUAAUUCAGCAUUACCGACCAAUGACGAAAUUUGCAUCCUUCAUUGCACUUGUUCAUACCGAGGAAGUUUCAUUACAAUUUUUGCCAUUGAGUUAAAGAAAAGGUCGAUUUCGUCCAAUUCAUUAGCAGGAGUUGAGUUUCGUUCAGCUAUUUGUUUCAGUAAUUGUAAUCGUUCUUCAGAGUGUGUUAGUUUUACCUUUUUCUUAUCUCUCAUAAUUUUAUCUUCCUUACCAUCCCUUUUUCUACUAUUAUCUUCGUUACUAUUGAUGAUUGUCAUAUUUGCUUCUCUUUCAUCAAUCUGGGUGAUGUUUUCUUCGAGGUCAGCGUGAGAGUUUUCCAUAAAUUCACUCUCGUCAAACCUAACCUCAUCUCCAACAACAUUAGUAAUUGUGUUAAGUCUUUGUGAUGAAGGAAGGCUAUCUAAGAAUGAUAGGUGAACAGACCUAUUCUUUGCUGCCUCUCCACCUGAACCAGUACCAGGUUUGCCUUUCCGCCGAAUAUAGUAAUCCCUUACAUAUGCCCAUCGUUUACUGCAGUCAGAAUCUAAAACACAAAUUGUAAUUUGAUUACUUAUUUCAGACAUUUGGCCACAGGAGAAUCUUUUCGGUCACUUGCUUUUCAAUAUCGAGUCAGUCAUUCCUGGAUAAGUGUCAUAAUAAGAGAAGUUGCUGAGGCCAUUAUUAAAAGGAUGUUUGAGGUAACUAUACCGUCACCUACGGAAAAUCAACUAAGACAAAACAGUAGUCAAUUUUUUUCAAAAUGGAAUUUCCCGAACUGUGUCGGAGCGAUUGAUGGGAAACAUGUAAGAAUAAAGGCUCCCAAACGAAGUGGAUCAUUAUAUUCUAACUAUAAAGAUUACUAUUCAAUCGUUUUGCUAGCAGUCGUUGACGCGGAUUGUAAAUUCACUGCUGUUGAUAUUGGUUCCUAUGGUAGAGAGGGAGAUGCUGGUAUCUACCUAAAGAGUCAAAUAGGGAAAAUGAUAAAAAAUAAUACAUUUAAUAUACCAGCACCAAAAGAAAUACCCGGGACAAUUACUGUUGUACCCCAUGUGAUUGUAGGAGAUGAAGCUUUUGCUCUGCACGAAAACCUGAUGAAACCUUAUCCAAGACAGCAAUCUGUACAUGAUCCAUCAAAAGCUGUAUAUAAUUAUCGACUAUCUAGAGCUCGUAGAACAACUGAAAAUACUUUCGGAAUUUUAUGCGGGUAUUUCAGACUCUUUUUCCUACCUAUUGCUACUGCUCCAGAAACAACCGACAAAUUGAUUACAUGUGCAUGCAUAUUACAUAAUAUUUUACGGGGAGCAAAAGUACUUGCUCCAGGUCAAAAACAUUUUGAUGAUGCACUACCACUACCAACCGAAAAUUUAAUCCCCAUAACAGAACACAAUGUGCGUGCCAAAAUGAAUCACACUCAAAUUCGAGAAAUAUUCAAAAAUUAUUUCAACGGUCCAGGGGCUGUAGAGUGGCAGCAUAGUUAUGCAAUGCGACAUUAAUUGUGAUUAUUAUAUAAUAUAUUUAUUGUGGUAAUUAAUUUUACUUUUAAAGCAUCUGUUGUAAAUUAAUAAUUAAUUAAUUUAAUUCAUAAUUUUUGUAUUAAAAUAGUAUCUGUGACAACACGUAAACGAAAACAAAAAAUAA